AUGGACCUUGGCAAGAGUUGCCGCUUCAUCCUCAACAAAACGCCGAGGAACGGGGAGGCUUCCCGCUGCUGCCGCUGGAGGUCUCCUACGAUCUCUUACCAGUUCGUCCGGAAAACGGGACGGGUGGCACGGAUGCGCAGAAAGCUGGCGGCCAAGACGUCGAGACUGCUUCCACCCCUACGGCCACGCACUUUGCAGAUCGGAGCCCUGAAGGACUACUACCAUUUCUAUCAUAGUAGGACGAUUAAAAGGUCAGUUCUCUCGAGCAGAGGAACCCACAGUUUCAUUUCAAUGGAACCAAAGGUGGAGUGGAUCCAACAGCAAGUGGUAAAAAGACGGACAAAGAGGGAUUAUGACUUCAGCCGUGCCCAGCCGACUUACUUCAAUGAUCCCAAGUGGCCGAGCAUGUGGUAUAUGCACUGCAGCGACAACACGCAUCCCUGCCAAUCAGACAUGAAUAUCGAAGGAGCCUGGAAGAGAGGCUACACGGGAAAGAACAUCGUGGUGACCAUCUUGGACGAUGGCAUCGAGAGAACCCAUCCGGACCUGCUGCAGAACUAUGAUGCCCUGGCGAGUUGUGACGUGAACGGGAAUGAUCUGGACCCAAUGCCUCGUUACGAUGCCAGCAACGAGAACAAGCAUGGGACCCGCUGUGCUGGAGAAGUGGCAGCCGCAGCAAACAACUCUCACUGCACAGUCGGAAUUGCUUUCAAUGCCAAGAUCGGAGGGGUUCGGAUGCUGGAUGGAGAUGUCACAGACAUGGUUGAAGCGAAAUCGGUUAGCUUCAAUCCCCAGCACGUGCAUAUCUACAGUGCCAGCUGGGGCCCGGAUGAUGAUGGCAAGACCGUGGACGGACCGGCUCCACUCACCCGGCAAGCCUUUGAAAACGGCGUUAGAAUGGGGCGGAGAGGCCUCGGCUCUGUUUUUGUCUGGGCCUCAGGAAAUGGCGGAAGGAGCAAAGACCACUGUUCCUGUGACGGCUACACCAACAGCAUCUACACAAUCUCCAUCAGCAGCACAGCUGAGAGUGGGAAGAAGCCUUGGUACCUGGAAGAGUGUUCGUCCACGUUGGCCACCACCUACAGCAGUGGAGAGUCCUACGAUAAGAAAAUAAAUGUUUUGCAAGCAGGAGAACCUGGCCCUGGGUUUCAGAUCGGCCACAUCUCUGUCCCUUGGUUUCCCACCAUGACUGUUGGUACAGUUGUGGACCUCGGAUUUAACCGUCACCGCUUACCCCCGCUCUGUAAUAGCUGCUACAUGUCCUUAGGCAGUCCGUUUCUGACCUGGAGAGACGUGCAGCAUGUUAUUGUCAGGACUUCCCGUGCAGGACAUUUGAACGCUAAUGACUGGAAAACCAAUGCUGCGGGUUUUAAGGUGAGCCAUCUCUAUGGAUUUGGACUGAUGGACGCAGAAGCCAUGGUGAUGGAAGCCGAGAAGUGGACCACUGUUCCCCAGCAGCACGUGUGUGUGGAGAGCACAGACCGACAAAUCAAGACAAUUCGCCCCAACAGCGCCGUGCGCUCCAUCUACAAAGCUUCGGGGUGUUCCGAUAACCCCAACCACCACGUCAACUACUUGGAGCACGUAGUUGUGCGCAUAACCAUCACUCACCCGAGGAGGGGAGACCUGGCCAUCUACCUGACCUCGCCCUCGGGAACCAGGUCCCAGCUUUUGGCCAACAGGCUUUUUGAUCAUUCCAUGGAAGGAUUUAAAAACUGGGAGUUCAUGACCAUUCAUUGCUGGGGAGAACGAGCCACCGGUGACUGGAUCCUUGAAGUUUACGAUACUCCCUCCCAGCUGAGGAACUUCAAGACCCCAGGGAAGUUGAAAGAAUGGUCUUUGGUCCUCUAUGGCACCUCCGUGCAGCCCUACUCCCCAACGAACGAGUUUCCUAAGGUAGAACGUGUCCGUUAUACCCGAGUCGAAGACCCCACCGAGGACUAUGGUACGGAGGAUUAUGCAGGUCCCUGCGACCCUGAGUGCAGCGAGGUUGGCUGUGACGGCCCCGGCCCGGACCACUGCAGUGACUGCUUGCAUUACUACUACAAGCUGAAAAACAACACCAGGAUCUGUGUCUCCAGCUGCCCCCCUGGCCACUACCAUGCUGACAAGAAGCGAUGCAGGAAGUGUGCCCCCAACUGUGAGUCCUGCUUUGGGAGCCAUGGUGACCAGUGUCUGUCCUGUAAAUAUGGAUACUUCCUCAACGAAGAAAUCAACAGCUGUGUUACCCACUGCCCCGAUGGCUCAUACCAGGACACCAAGAAAAGUCUUUGCCGGAAAUGCAGUGAGAAUUGCAAGACAUGUACAGAAUUUCACAAUUGCACAGAAUGCAGGGAUGGGUUAAGCGUGCCCGUCAAGGAUUACUGUGUGGGGGCGGGCGCUACCGGGUGUAUUAACUGCACCGAGGGCUACUUCAUGGAGGACGGGAGAUGCGUGCAGGCCUGUAGCACCAGCUAUUACUUGGACCACUCUUCAGAGCACGGAUACAAAUCCUGCAAGAAAUGUGAUGCCAGCUGUCUGACAUGCAAUGGUCCGGGGUUCAAGAACUGUACGAGCUGCCCCAGUGGGUAUCUCUUAGACCUAGGGACGUGUCAGAUGGGAGCCAUCUGCAAGGACGGAGAAUACAUCGAUGAGCAUGGCCACUGCCAGAUCUGUGACGCCUCGUGUGCCAAGUGCUGGGGGCCCACUCAGGAAGACUGCACUGGCUGCCCUGUCACAAGGGUUUUUGACAACGGCCACUGCGUUUUCAAAUGUCCCUCAGGGAAAUUUGAAUUUCAGAACCAAUGCCAUUUGUGCCAUUACACCUGCCAAGAAUGCCAAGGAAAUGAGCCUUCCAACUGCACUUCCUGUGGAGUAGAUAAGCAUGGCCAGGAGCGCUUCCUGUAUCAGGGGGAGUGUUGGGAGAGCUGCCCAGCAGGCUACUACCCUGCUGAGGGGCACACCUGCCUGCCCUGCCCUGACAACUGUGAACUUUGCCACAACGCACACAUCUGUGUACGAUGCACGGGAGGCUACUUCCUAGUGCCCACCAACCAUACCUGCCAGAAGUUGGCGUGUGGACAAGGUGAAGUCCAAGACCCAGACUAUGGAGAGUGUGUGCCUUGUGAAGAAGGAUGCCUGGGAUGCAACUUGGGUGAUCCAGGAGCCUGUGCUUCAUGCGGUAUGGGGUAUUACAUGUUUCAGCACCACUGUCAUAAAACGUGUCCCGAGGGGACCACGCUUAAGGAUCUGAAUGGGAACGACACGAACUGCAAGGCACCGUGACCAGCAGGCGUAUACUGUGAAGAGGGCUUCUUUCUCCUGGGGCUGCACGCAGGUGUUAAAUGUGGCCCUUCUACGGGCCACCCAGAGACGGGAGAAUGUGAGCCCUGCCAUCACCAGAAACUGCACCGCUUUGGCCACCAGCAGUGUCGCGACGCGGUUUGUGAAGACUGCAGCCGCGGCAGGGGACGCGGUGUGGGUCCCUCACCAGACCCCGUGGAGGGCUUAAUUCUGGAACGAUCGGCCGUAAAAGAAUAUAGCUGCCUAGGUGGUAUCAGCAAGGUGCCGUUGCCGUUUGAAACACAGCUCAGAUCCAGGCAGGGAAAGGAAAACGGGACUAACUUCAGUCCGUGCCUUCACCCGCACGACUUCCGCGGCAAAGGUGAGAUCGCGUUUGCGUCCAAAGACUACGACAGCCUGCGCUCUCUACGCCAGCACGUGUUGGAGAAGAUCCCGUACAUUUUGAGAGGACACCAGCCUUGUCAUCCUUCUUGUGAAACCUGCAAUGAAUCGGCGACCCUGUGCACUUCGUGUCCGAAAGGCACGUAUCUGUUGGCCCAGGCCUGUGUCUCCUCAUGUCCCGAAGGCACAUGGCCCUCGGUGACAAGUGGCAGCUGCGAGAACUGUCCGGAAGACUGUGCCUCCUGCUCUGGAGCCAAUCUUUGCGGAAAGUGCCGGACUCGGCCAGACUUCCCUCUCUUCCUCCAUGAAGGCAGGUGCUACACCAGAUGUCCUGAGGGCUUCUACGCAGAAGACAGCACAUGUAGGCGCUGCAGCGCCCCCUGCAGAACAUGUGAAGGAAAUGCCACCAGCUGCCGUUCUUGCCAAGGAGGCUUCGUCUUGGACCAGGGAGCAUGCCGGGAAACCUGCCCCGAGAGGCACGUGGCCAUGGAGUGUAUGCCUGAGUCUGUCCUGUACAAGGACAUGUGCCAUCAGUCCUGUCCCCGCGGCUACUACGCAGACAGACGCCAGUGUGUCCCCUGCCACGAAGACUGUCUGGAGUGUGAUGGCCCCUCAGCGGAUGACUGUGACCUCUGUGCUGAGUCAUCCUCGGUUCUCUAUGAUGGACGCUGCUUGGAGGAGUGUCCGGCAGGGACUUACUAUGAGAAAGAGACCAAGGAGUGCGGAGAGUGUCACAAGUCUUGCCGGACCUGCUCGUCGCCUGGGACCUGCACCACCUGUCGGGAAGGCCUGGGGGUGGCCAGCCACGGACGCUGUGUGCCUCACAAGGAAUGUGCCCCCGUUGAGUACUGGGAUGAGGCUCUGGGAUGCAAGCCCUGUCAUGCUAAGUGUUUCCGCUGCACCGGGCCCACAGAGGACCAGUGUCGCACCUGCCCGAGGGACAGCCUUCUUCUCAAUACGACCUGCGUGCGGGACUGCCCCGAGGGCUACUACGCCGAUGAGGACAGCCACCAAUGUGCGCCCUGCCACAGCUCUUGUAGGACAUGUGAAGGGAGACGCAGCACACAGUGCCUCUCCUGCCAACCAAGCUCGUUCCAGCUGGAAAAGGAGUGCCUGCCCCAGUGCAGGGAAGGAUAUUACGCAGAAGAAGCCACCGGACAGUGUGAGAGGUGCAGCAAGAGUUGCAAGGCGUGCCGGGGCCCACGGCCCACCGACUGCCUGUCUUGCGAUACGUUUUUCUUCCUGCUCCGCUCCAAGGGAGAGUGUCAUCGCACCUGCCCAGAGCAUUACUACGCGGAUCAAAACACACGGACGUGUGAGAGAUGCCACCCAACUUGCAGCAAAUGCAGAGGUGAGGGUGUACCUGUCACUUUGCAUCGCAAUGGGCUGCAGCACGUGGUUUUUAUUCAAGCCCAGGCAGCCAUCGUUAGGCUGCUCUUCCUCUCCUCACCUGUGGUGUCCCGGCAGUCACAGCACUCCUGGGCAUUGGAGGGGUCAGAAGUAUUGCAGCAGUGUAGACAACGACUGUCAUCCAUAAGCAGCACCAGGUCGGCGGGGCACACAGUGCAGUUCUUGGUCAUCUCAGUCCCUUUGAUUGAAGUUAAGGCUGCAGACGAGUGUAUCCUUCAAGCAAGUGAAAUUGGGCCUUCAGGCGAGCGGACCAAGACAGCCCUGUUCAUCACCUCCUCCAUUAUGCUGGUGCUUCUGCUCGGGGCGGCGGUGAUUGUCUGGAAGAAAUCACGGGGCCGAGCCCAGCCAGUAGCAAAAGCCGGCUAUGAGAAGCUGGCCGACCCUGGCAAGUCAUAUGUUUCCUAUAAGAGCAGCCAUCUUGAAAGCACCAGCUUUGAAGAAGAUCAGGUCAUUGAGUACAGGGACCAGGACUAUGAUGAGGAGGAGGAUGAUGACAUCGUCUACAUGGGCCAAGAUGGCACCAUCUACCGGAAAUUUAAGUAUGGGCUGCUGGAUGAUGAUGAGGAUGAGCUGGAAUACGACGAUGAGAGUUACUCCUUCCAGUAG